GCAUACGAGCGGCAACAUCGGCACUCUCUUGAUUGUUUAAAUGAAAUCCGAUAUAAACGUCAUCAUCUGUCAGGGCGGCCAUCUUGAAUCUCACCAUAAACGUCAAAAUAAUCGAUAAAGUGUAAACAAAAAUAUUUUGUAUUAAAUUUCAAUUAAACCUAAGCUUUGAAACGUUUAACUUUAUUAAUUCCAAUAGUCGUGACUAUGAAUAAUUCUUAAAAACUUAAAUAUUGUGUGAUCUUUUGUGUGUGUGUGUGUGUGUAUCGAGUGUUUUAACUGAAGAAAAAUGGCCCACACGGGUACAGUUCCGGGAAAACGGAAAGAAAUCUACAAAUACGUGGCCCCGUGGCCUUUAUACAGCAUGAACUGGUCCGUACGUCCAGACAAACGGUUCCGUUUGGCCUUGGGCAGUUUCGUCGAAGAGUACAACAAUAAAGUGCAAAUCGUGUCUUUGGACGAAGAGAGCAGUGAGUUUGUCGCCAAGAACACCUUCGAGCAUCCCUAUCCUACGACGAAAAUCAUGUGGAUCCCUGAUAGUAAAGGGAUUUUUCCAGAUUUAUUGGCUACAAGCGGGGACUAUUUGAGGGUCUGGCGAGCCUCGGAACCAGACACCCGACUCGAAUGCGUCCUAAACAACAAUAAAAACUCCGAUUUUUGUGCCCCAUUGACCAGUUUCGAUUGGAACGAAGUGGAUCCCAAUUUGGUGGGCACAUCGUCCAUCGACACCACUUGCACCAUAUGGGGCCUGGAAACUGGGCAGGUUAUGGGCAGGGUAAAUGUCUCGGGGCAUGUGAAAACUCAAUUGAUUGCUCACGAUAAGGAAGUUUACGAUAUAGCGUUCUCGAGGGCUGGGGGUGGACGGGAUAUGUUCGCUUCGGUAGGGGCAGAUGGUUCGGUCAGGAUGUUUGAUUUGAGGCAUUUGGAACAUUCGACUAUUAUUUAUGAGGAUCCCGGGCAUACGCCUUUGUUGAGACUGGCCUGGAACAAACAGGACCCCAACUAUUUGGCCACCAUAGCGAUGGACUCUUGCGAGGUGAUAAUUUUAGAUGUUCGGGUGCCCUGUACCCCCGUCGCUCGCUUAAAUAACCAUCGGGCCUGUGUCAACGGGAUCGCGUGGGCCCCACACUCGAGCUGUCACAUUUGCACCGCCGGUGACGAUCAUCAGGCCUUGAUAUGGGACAUUCAGCAGAUGCCCAGGGCCAUCGAGGACCCCAUUUUGGCCUACACGGCGGCCGAGGGCGAAGUGAACCAGAUCCAGUGGGGGGCCACUCAACCCGACUGGAUCGCCAUCUGUUAUAAUAAGUCUUUGGAGAUUUUGAGGGUGUAAACGGGGGGGGGAGUGGAGGGUGUGUGAGUGAGUGGUUGAGUUAGGCAUUGUAAAAAUUCAUCCGUAUUCAUUUUUUUGUUUUUAGGUUUAAUUAUUAAUGUUUAGGGUGUUUGCGUUCGUUUGUUUCAUUUAGACUGUAAAUAAAUAAAUAAUUAGUAAUCUU